AUGUACGAGAGGGAAUCCUCUUCCCGAGAAAUUGAAAAAACUAACUUGGGUGGAUCGGGAAAAGGAUGGGUUUCUCUCGCAAUUUGGAGACGGAGGCCCAUGCUUAUAGCAGGAUUUCGUUUUAGGAUGGAGGCCCAUAAUAGUUUUACCAGGAACAUGGUGUUUGUGACCGAAGGAAAUUGUUGGAUCCAUUUCAAUACAGGGCCCAUCAUAUACACAAACCCUAAACCCUAUUUAUGUAAUUACAGAAGUCGUAACCUUUUUUCUUUCUCCAAUCCAAAUCGCGCGUUCAGCUGCUACAUCCUCACAUUCCGGCGCAAAAUGAAGGUCAUUGCCGCCUAUUUGCUCGCCGUUUUGGGAGGCAACGCUGCCCCUUCCGCCGAUGACUUGAGGGUCAUCCUUGGAUCCGUUGGAGCAGACGCCAAUGAUGACAAUAUCAGUAGCUUUUUGUCUGAAGUCAAGGGCAAAGACAUCGCAGAGCUUAUCGCCGCCGGCAGGGAAAAGUUGGCUUCAGUGCCUUCCGGUGGUGGGGCCGCCGUUGCCGUGACCGCCGCACCCGGCGGUGGCGCUUCUGCUCCAGCAGCCGCCGAAUCCAAGAAGGAGGAAAAGGUGGAAGAGAAGGAGGAAUCAGAUGACGAUAUGGGUUUCAGUCUCUUUGAUUAA